AUGGCCGCCAGGAAGGCGGGCUCCCGGCUGGAGAGCGAGAUCGAGCGCUGCCGCUCCGACUGCCAGUGGGAGCGGAUCCCCGACCUCAGCCGGCAGCUCUCCGCCAAGCUCAUCGCCAACGAUGACAUGGCUGAACUGCUUCUCGGGGAGUCCAAACUAGAGCAGUUCUUGAAAGAAAAUCCAUUUAAACAGGGUGCCAGUCCUCGGGGCCCCAGACCAAAGCUGACAGAGGUCCGGAAGCAUCUUACUGCUGCAAUUGACAGAGGAAAUCUAAAGUCAGAAUUCCUACAAGAAUCCAAUUUGAUCAUGGCCAAGUUAAACUAUGUGGAAGGAGAUUACAAAGAAGCUCUCAACACAUAUGCCAGGGUUGGCCUGGAUGAUUUGCAACUAGCAGCCGUUCCUCCUUAUAGACUGAGGAUGAUUGCUGAAGCAUAUUCUACCAAAGGUCUUUGUUUAGAAAAGUUGCCAAUUUCUUCCUCCACUAGUAAUCUCCAUGUGGACCGGGAACAAGAUAUCAUCACCUGCUAUGAGAAAGCAGGGGACAUUGCACUCCUGUACCUCCAGGAGAUAGAAAGGGUAAUAAUUUCUAAUAUUCAAAACCGAAGCCCUAAACCUGGGCCUGCGCCCCAUGACCAAGAAUUGGGUUUUUUCCUAGAAACGGGACUGCAGAGAGCCCACGUACUGUAUUUCAAAAAUGGGAACUUGACGAGAGGAGUCGGUAGAUUUAGAGAAAUUUUAAGAGCUGUUGAAACAAGAACUACACAAAACCUGCGAAUGACAAUAGCCAGGCAGUUGGCUGAAAUUUUGUUAAGGGGCAUGUGUGAACAGAGCUACUGGAAUCCUCUGGAGGACCCUCCUUUCCAGUCCCCUCUCGAUGAUCCUCUGAGGAAAGGAGCAAACACUAAAAAUUACACUCUUAACCGAAGACCCCGUGUGUAUGCAGGAGAGAACAUUUUUUGUCCUCAAGAAAAUACUGAAGAAGCCCUGUUAUUGUUGCUGAUCAGUGAGUCAAUGGCUAACAGGGAUGCUGUGUUAAGCAGGAUACCGGAGCACAAAAGUGAUCGGAUCAUCAGUUUGCAAAGUGCAUCAGUGGUGUAUGACUUGCUUACUAUAGCACUGGGAAGACGAGGUCAAUAUGAAAUGCUCUCAGAGUGUUUAGAAAGAGCUAUGAAGUUUACAUUUGAAGAGUUCCAUCUUUGGUACCAAUUUGCUUUGUCGUUGAUGGCAGCAGGAAAAUCUGCUCGGGCUGUGAAGGUCCUGAAAGAGUGUAUCCGUUUGAAGCCUGAUGAUGCUACCAUACCUCUCCUCGCAGCCAAGUUGUGUAUGGGCUCACUUCACUGGUUGGAAGAAGCUGAGAGUUUUGCAAAGGCAGUUGUCGACACUGGGGAGAAAACAUCAGAGUUCAAAGCAAAAGGCUACUUGGCUUUGGGACUGACUUACAGUCUGCAGGCCACUGAUGCUUCUUUGAGAGGGAUACAAGAGGUGUUGCAGCGAAAAGCUCUUCUUGCAUUUCAGAGAGCCCACAGUUUGUCUCCUACAGAUCACCUGGCAGCAUUUUACCUGGCUCUGCAGCUUGCCAUUUCCAGACAGAUACCAGAAGCUCUGGGUUAUGUUCGCCAGGCUCUUCAGCUUCAAGGAGACGAUGCCAACUCAUUGCAUCUUCUUGCACUCCUUCUGUCAGCCCAAAAACAUUACCAUGAUGCUUUGAACAUCAUUGAUAUGGCCUUGAGUGAAUAUCCAGAAAAUUUUAUAUUAUUGUUUUCCAAAGUGAAGUUGGAGUCACUCUGCCGAGGUCCUGAUGAGGCACUACUCACCUGUAAGCACAUGUUGCAGAUAUGGAAAUCCUGCUACAAUCUCACUAAUCCCAGUGACUCUGGACGUGGGAGCAGCCUCCUAGAUAGAACCAUUGCUGACAGACGACAGCUUAAUACAAUUACUUUACCAGACUUCAGUGAUCCUGAGACAGGCUCCAUCCAUGCAACAUCAAUAGCAGCCUCACGAGUGGAACAAGCACUAUCUGAAGUUGCUUCUUCUUUGCAGAGUAGCACUCCCAAACAGGGUCCCUUGCAUCCGUGGAUGACUCUGGCUCAGAUUUGGCUGCAUGCAGCGGAAGUCUACAUCGGAAUUGGGAAGCCCGCUGAAGCCACAGCCUGUACCCAGGAAGCAGCAAACCUCUUUCCAAUGUCUCACAAUGUCCUCUACAUGAGAGGCCAAGUCUCAGAGCUCCGGGGAAAUAUUGAUGAAGCAAAACGUUGGUAUGAAGAGGCCUUAUCGAUCAGUCCUACCCAUGUGAAGAGCAUGCAAAGAUUGGCUCUGAUACUCCACCAGCUGGGCCGGUACAGCCUGGCCGAGAAGAUCCUCCGAGACGCCGUCCAGGUGAAUUCCACCGCCCAUGAGGUUUGGAACGGGCUUGGUGAGGUCCUGCAAGCUCAGGGCAAUGACGAUGCCGCGACAGAGUGUUUCCUGACGGCUCUGGAGCUGGAGGCCAGCAGCCCCAUCGUCCCGUUCACCAUCAUCCCUCGUGUACUCUGAGCCUGGCCAGCAGGAGUCAGAGCAGGUCGGUGGCUAAAGACAAGGGUGAACAAAUACUUGUUAAAACUGCCCCCCCACCCCUCUCCCCAAGGCAGGAGGCAUUGGCAUUUAGCUUGACAAGCGGGGAGCCCCUGAUUGGAAGUGGAGGAGAGGAAUUAGACAAACUUUUCAGCCUGUGGACAAAUGAUGAACCAAACAGAACACAAAAUCACUGCUCGAGUCACGUGGAUUUUUGAGGCAUGGGGCCUGAAGGUAGUUUUCAGAUCUAAUGAUAUUGUCCAAAUGGAUUAUGUGCCAUAUUUUGUUAACUGACAUCUGAGUGUUACGUAAAAUUAUAAUGGAAUCAAUCACCAAAUGUAGAAUAAUAUAUUCAAAGUUAAAAUUCAGUGGCAGAACAGAUUAUUUUGAACAGACCUGUAAUGAAAACUGUUCUCUCCUCCCUGCUCUCACUCCCCACCCCCAACCUUGGCCCAGAAACAAAAUGUGAAUUUUCUGUUUUCCAUCUCAGUGUCGUCCAGGCCCAAAGACCAGUUGACACGUUCUUGGUUUUAGUUGUCAAUAAUUGUAAUUUGUGGCUGAUUAUUGUCUUCAUUAGAACAAAGCCUGAGUCCAGAAUAUUUAUAUUUUACCAAUAUAUGCCUGUUACCAGAGAAGAAAAUGUGAGUUAUUUAAGUUUAACUUUUUUAUGUGAAUUCAGAGUUUAUUUAUCGAUGGAAAUAUGUAAAAAGAAACUUCAAAUGGAAUAUUUACCGACAUUCCUUAUACAUUACCUACACUUGGCUAAAUGGGAAGAUGAUGUUAAUAAUAAAAUGAUUUUUAAAUGGUA